CCCAAAAUUGUGUCUUUCAAGACAUCAUUGGAAAUGGUCUUUCUUUCUAAAUGACAACUUGCCUGAAAAAAGUCCUUCACAGGGAGUAUAGUCCCAUAACUAUCUUUAAACCAGAAAGCUUUUCAGCAAUAGUUUCGUUAGUUACUUGCACUUGUUCUUCCUGGACAGCUGCAAAUGUAGAAUGUACCUUUAACAACUGCUUCAUCAAACAAAGUCCAAUGAUAAACUGAUACGUGUACGUGUGGAAGGUACAGUGAAAGUGAAAUGAAAGGUUGACUAAUGUUUUUUUUUUAAAUCAGAAACAAAUGGCCAUUGUAGGGACAGUACGUGAUGUACAUUGUAUGUACAUGGAACAUCAUGUUGAUGUGACCUGUGGUGAAACUCAGUUGUUUAUUUGGUUUAUCCGUGUUGAAAGUCAUAAAUCUUAUGAUGCCGAGAACAACAGUGCUAGGAGGAAUUCCACACAGUUUCUGUUGAAUUUUCGUAUUGGAAUAAUACCGGUAUAUAUAAAAAGUCGAGAUCACAGAGAAAUCUCCCAUUCUUGUUGCACUGUAACCGAAGCAGUCCAACAUGUCAUCGUGCCAGCGGGCCCUGCGGUAUCAUUCCGCCUCCUUUGCUAGACGGAUCCGGUCCUUCCUGAGGAAUGUCUUUUGGAGGAGACCCAGGAGGCAUGACGAGAUGUCUCCAGCCGGUAUCCAGGAUGAUCCAUCCAACUCACUGUCACCAAAGGAAAACACAAAUCUCGCGGCCAACGUGCCCAUGGUGCUGACCAUGUCCACUGCCGAGAAGGUGUUGAUGAUGGAGGAUUCUGGGCCACCACUGCUGCAGGAUGCCGGCCAAGGUCUCAUCGAUGAUGACAAUGGCAAUGAUGGUGAUAACUAUGAGCCGUCAUCGGCCUGCUCGUCCAGGCCCGACUCGCUCAACCUGGACAGCUGGUGCGUGGUGUCAGAGACGGCGUUAACCAAGGAAAUGCUGCAGCAUCUCAGCAAGCCAGAGGAGAUUGCAAGCUUAGCGGCAUCUUACCUGACACGACAGCUGUUUGCUCAUCUAGGGGGCAUUUUGGACCCGGCCACAGUGGACCAAGUCUACAAGGCAGUGCAGGAGGUCAGCGAGAAUGACACCAACAUCCUGAGAAAUUUCAUCGCCGAGCUGAACGAGGAGCAAGACAGAGAAGAGCGCCCUGAGCUGUUUGGCAGCAACGACAAUGAGAACAGCACAGUGGCCAGGGAGAGGCAUUGCCCCAAGGCAGUCAUCAAGGUGCUGCUGGAUCUGCUCAUGUUUUCACCGGUCCCCGUGGAGCACAACAUCCUGUGGGUCCGCCUGCUGAGUCAGCUGAGGCCACACGACCUGCCGACCCUCGUUGACCUCAAGGUCGCCGCCACGGUGCUGGGCACCAUGACGGUCCACGUCGGCUCGGCCGAGAUCCAGCUGUGCGGUUGCCAGGUGCUGGAGCCGCUAGCCAAAUUCAAACCCACGCCAUUGCAAAAGGCCCCCGUCAGAGAGAGUGGCAUCGAAGUCCUGCUGAAGACGUUGGAAGCCCACAUCAAUGAUGCAACUAUCGUGUUGGCAGUCUUCGUGGUGCUGGCCAACCUGACCAGCACCAUGGUCCAUUUCACCUCUUGGGUCAUCCAGCAAGGUUACGCCGAAGAGGAGACCGAGAAGCUGGUCAUGAUGUCCAUGGCAGUCACGGAUUACAUCAAGGAAAACGGCCUGGUGCUGCUAGAUAGGGCUGGCACCACACACCAGGACCACACGGAGAUCCAGACAGAGUUCUACCGCGUCAUGGCGUGUUUCGGGUACCACUCCACGAUCUCGAGUUCUGAAGAUGCCAGUCCAAGCUCAUCAGAGCGGAAACACAGUAUACUGAAGAGCCCAGAGUCACCACGUAUGGCCUGCCCACAACGUCGCGUUACAUUCUCCUACGAUCUGGACACGCGGGUGGAAUACCAGUGCUCCGAUUCGGAUUCCGACGACAGUCCCGAGGAGCCCAAGAGACACACCGUAUGCGGUGGCGAAACAGUCUGGCACGACCAUGAAAGAGAGGGGGUGUUUCUGGACGGCGAUCAGAAGAGCAGAGCAUUCAAGGGCCGGCUGGGAAACAGGGAGGACAAGAAGCUGUCCUUUCCUAAUUUUGAGAUGGAAGAGGACUACUUGCAGAUGUGGCAGCACAUCCUUGGGGAGGGGCUGUUCUCCAGCAUCUGCUGCGACCUGGCCAAGCUGGAGCGGGACUUUGACGAGAUGGGCUCGGGUUCGCUUAAGAGCAGCAGCAGCGACGAAACAGUGGAUCUCCAGGAGCCCGUCAUCAGUCAGGGCAUCGGCCCCCGUCCCUUAACAGCCAAGCAACACUUGGAGGGUCCCUGCUUCAGCCUACCAGUGAGGUGCGAGAUAAGGGCCGAGAGGAGCCCAUCUAGGAGCCGCUUUGCCACCGUGCCGGGCUUCCGCCGUGACUUCCACCAGCCAGACUGGCAGGUGCAGGACACAGACUCUGCUGUCAAGAAUCGCCUGUCGGCUGAAUAUUGCUGCAGCCCUCCCAAGACAAAGAUACGGCCCACGUCCGAGCCGCCCCCUUGCACCAAGUUUGGCGAAGAGGAUAAAAGCAAUGAAGAGUCCAACAGCGAUGAUGAGAAAAAUGUCACCGAGUAUUCUGAGAUUGACCUUGUUGAGGGGCUCAUCUGGUCGGGCAAGAGGGAGUCUGACAAAAGGCUCAUCGACAAUGAGGUACUCUAUGAUGAUUUGAACAAAGAAGAGCUGGAGAAUAAAGGAAACGAGGAGAAGGAGCACAUCAGAGAGUGUUCAACUUCUGAAAAGACUCUCACUGGAGAUACCACAGAGGAAAAUGAGAAAGAAAGCUUGGAUUCUAACAGCUUUCUGGGGGAUCCCUUCAGCCUUGAUUCUGACUUACUCCCUAUAGAUCAAUAUCUAGAGAACAGGAGCCUGGCAGAUGACAUCCUCAGCAGUUUUGGCAUUUACGAGAACAGCGUCAUUGGCAGGGACCCUAUCAAACCAGUGGUGAGCGGCCCUUAUGGAACGUUCACUCUGCCGGGGGUUUCGCUGGAUUCUAGUGAAACGGACGACGUCUUCUUGGACAGCGACACAACAAUGGGCGAUUCAUACAAGUUCAGCAAUGAAGAGUCAUCGAUGGAUGGUGAGCCGGUGGACGAGCAUAAUAGGAGUGUCUCCAGUGCACAGCAAGCCACCCAGCAGGCAUUCGCCAAGGCAUUCGCAACGCUUCGUAAUACACCUUGCUUAUUUCAUUCUUCCCUCACCAGCAGCCCAACCAGCUCCAUAAGCUCCGCCUCCCUGUCUCUUGCUGAAUGGAACGAUCUAGAGGCGCUGACCGAGGACAUGGAGUCGGCCGAUACAGAUUCCCUGGACACAGUGACGAGUACGCAGGACACUCCCCCGAACUCUGAGGCCGACGUGUCCACCUCUUGCCACACCAUCCCCAAGCAGCGCAAGCUCAACUUCAUGCACCGGUUCUCUGAGCGCAAGACCCAGAACUGUUCACCACCCCCAAAGCCCCGCCGGACAUGGUACUACCGCUCCAGUGCCGACGUUCGCAAGAGCCUGAUGAGCUCCUUCCCACCAGAGGUGGACGGUGUGCUCGGUUCGGAUGGGCACCAUGCCCCCGUCACCAGGUUAUCAUCACGGGGCAGCAAGAGGGGCAUGAGCCUGCUGGCAUUUGGCAAGACGGGCAUGAACGUCUCCUGCGACUCCGGUGUGGUCACGGGCGACGACGAGGAGGGUCCCACAGCAAACGCUCAGGAGUCGUUCCCCACUGAGCAUUUCUACGAGGAGGUCUACAUGAGCAAGGCAGAGCUGAAGCCGACUCUGUAUGAGAGGAUAUCAAGGAAGGGCCACUAUGCAGAUUUCAAGAAGGCAAACAAAGUCCAAGUUCCCGAGGACAACAGUACAGAGGCAACUUACACCGUCUGCACCCUCUGGGUCAACAAGCAGUGCGUGGAGGCGCUGGUGACCUUCGACCAUCUCACCAAGCAGCUGGUCUCGCCUUACUCCAUCGUGCCGGCAGUGCGGGAGCUAGAAGGGACCCGUAAGUCCAGCCUGGGCACCACCCUGGAUGAGAUGGAGAAUGACUACCCGGCCUGGACUAGCAUCCUCAACGUCUUGGCGACGGAAGAGAGCAAAUGGACCCUGAGCCUCACCGCCCAAGUAUUGCCAAUUAUCGACAGGCUCUUCUACACCAAGGACGAAGCCAUCAUGGAUGCCAGCGUCGGGCUGGUUCAGCUCCUCAUCAGGAAGUUUGGUCACGAGAUCGAGAAGCAUCAUUCAGGAGGCCUCUUUCGUACGCGGUUCCGCGACGAUUGCCGGACGUGCUUCCUGUGGCUCAACAAGCUGUACAGCCGGGUCAGCGAUCUGCUGAAACGCGACUCUCAGCGAGAGGAUGACCUGGACAGCCUGCUGCACUUGUCACUGCUCAGCUCACUGCGGGAGUCGCUCAAGCCCUUCAACGGGAGGAUAUCCAGGGGCCUGGCCAUGUGAGAGUUUGGCGGAAGAGGCCAGGGGGAUACGGUUCGUUGUGCAUCAUCAACCUCAGGCUGUUGAACCUAGCAAAUUAACUUCAAACAGCAGCGCUCAUCUCACCCUAGAUCCGAACCGGAAAAGGCAUCUGAGAAUCAGAGAAGCAGACCAUUUAGUGUUAACCUCAAGGUGUUCCAUUUUACACUCUUGGGGACAGGAAGGGCAACAGCACCGGACGGAUGACAGCUGUUGGAUUGCCAGGGGGUCUCAAACCACAGGAAAGCAGAUGUGGAGGAUUCACGCCUGCGUUGCGGAUAUUUCUCACCAGACACACCCCCCCAGGCAGGGCGGUUCUUGUAAUAACAAACCGGCUUCUUCGGAAGUGCGUCACUGAAGAAGAUGCAGAGUGUUUUUGACCAGAGCUCAUACUUUGAAGUGUGAGAGAUUGUGUGUUUGUGCAGUUUAAUGUGUUUAUGUUGCGUUUCCUGCCCUAAGAUUGUUCACACGGUACUUCAGACAUUGGGCUAUCAGGUGCUGGCGAUGUGACCAUCCUGACUAUACAGUUUCGAGGUUGUGAGUACAUUCUCUAGUGAUAUGUAAAUACUAUCUUCAACUUAUUUUGAAGUUUUCUUUGUGGGCAUUCUUUUGGGGAAGUUUUAAAUUCAGGGCACAAUACUAAAAUGCAAGACGGUGUUUAGCAAGGGAGUUGUUUUGUAUCUGUUGCAGAAACAGUGAGUGAUUUAACUGAAGCUCUAUUUCAUAAAAAGAAACAUGAUUUCAGCAGUGAAUACUUUGAUGUACAUGUGUAUUUUUGAUCUACUGAGCUUCUUUUCUCCACGCAUCACUCUAAGCAAAUGGGCAUCGAAAUAAUAGUAUUAGUAAAUGCAGUAAUCAACAAAAAUAGGACAUUAAACUGACCAGGAUUUGAGGAGGGUCUUUGAGUCACUAGUCCAACAGUAUGUGGGGGGUGAACCAUCAGAGAUUUGUUUUACGCAAACAUGACAAAUUCAUAAAAGUUGAACACUUUUGAACUUGAGCACAUUUCACAGCCGGGGUUUCCUGAUGUCAAAUUUCUUUCAGAUUCACACAGACGCGUCAAAUAUAAACAGACCUUAAAAAAACAAUUACUUCGUGAUCAGUCUUGGCAAAUGACUCAAUUUUCUGUACUUAAAAAGGGAUUACAAACUUUUACUUUUGAAGACUUUGAAAGAAAAAAAAAUCAGCAUUUUGGGGUUGACUUUUUAACAGUCAUUUUGUAAGAUAUUAAAGGACAAAUGAUAUUUAAAAAUUACCUGCGGGAACGUAACUGACGAUAUCAAAUAUUAGGUUUUGUUGCACGAUUAAGGACUCCUGCACUGAGAAAGACGUAGGAAUGCACAUCAUGAGAUUCUUAUGAUUGAUAGCUUUGUAAAUACUCUUUUCAUUUUGUACUUUACUCUGUAAAUAGGUUGUUAUGGGGCACAUAAGAACCUUUGGCCGACAUGUACGAGAAAAAACUGUGGUCAUUACAAGGGUCAAUCUGAAAAAAGAAAAAGAGGAUUAUUUUAUUGUCCAUGUUUACAUGAAACCCUUCACCCCCUUAAAGGUGUGUGCAUAGAUUCUUUUAAAAUUAACAGCCCGUUGCAUAAAGAAUGCUAAAUGAGAAAAAUUAAAGCAUAAAUAUGUGAAGUGUGUGCUGGAGAUUUUGGCAAUAUAUUGAUUGCAAAAAUACCAAAUUUUGGCAAUCUUGGGUUUUUUUUUUUCCUUCUUGUCAAGGGGUGCACAUUAAUAUUAGGACUCUUCAUGUUCAUGUUCACUCCCAGCUGUGGGCAUGGUGGGGGGGAGUUCAAGCAAAGAUGAUCCUGUCAAUCAUUGGUCGAUUUUGCUGGAUACCCAGGGAUAUGUAUUGUGCUCCAGUAUCCAGGGAAAAAUCAAGCAACGGUUGACAGAUGUCCUUGAACUUGUCCUGCACUUUGACUUUUGAGGAUAGCAUUCCUGGUAAGAAAAAAUCUCCACGUCUGUUGGACUAUGUUUUUGUUGUAAGUCUCGUAGAAUUAUUCGUCAGCUGUUUAGUUAUGCCUAACCUCCAACUCCAGCAAUCACCUCCGUAAAAAAAAAAAUCUGUACCACUCUUGACUGAACACGUCAAAUGCAAAAGGUCCCGUGAAGUCUGUGCCUACUGAUCGAGGAUGUGACUAAGGCAUUUUAUAUCCUUUAUACUUCGCUCUUUUUUCUCUGUUCAUUUUUCCUCUCCCCUUUUUUGGAUUAAAGUUGUGAGAGUGACUAACAAUGGCAAUCCGAGCUGGAGGCAUUGCCGUUCUGUCUGUGCACGUAGGCCACUCCAACGACAAGACUCCAUCCGAUUGCAUGUUGCAGUAAAUACCCACGGUUUAAAAAUGCUCAUUUUUGGCAACACCCAGUAGAAACGGGCAUCGUGGUAGGCAUUAGACUUACAAAGAACUGACAUGAGCUAUUUGCUGAUAAUUACAUGUAGGAUACAGUUCAUGGUCACUUCUCUGAAAGCCAAAACCAUCAACCUUAUUCAAAAGGGAAGCCAUGUACAUGUGUUGUUCCCUGAAUCUUGUUCAUUGUAGUUUGUUAAAUUGGGUGGUGCCAGACUAUAGGGGGUUCCAAGCCUCACUUUCAGUUUAUUUGUUUUGUUUUUUGCUUAAAACACUUUAUAUAAAAUGCUUCUCAAAUUUUAAAUUGUUCACAACAUAAACUAACAUGAAUUUGUAUUUUGUAAUGAACAUUGAUUUCAUUGCUGUUAUUUUUACUCUCAGGAUCCCAAAAUGAAAACUAGCCUCACUUUCAAUUCAAGAUGGCCGAUACAUAAGCAAUGUCCAAUAAAAGGUGAAUGGGGCUGUGUAUGACAACAACUGAAACACUGUGUGUCCUGGAAAUGGGGAACAAUUGGUACAUGUAGCAUUGAGGUCCCUUGCCACAACAGGUUGUAGACAUUAUGAACUAGGAUUCUGCUCUUAGAGCGGGCAUGGUCAACUGCUGGGACAGAAUCUGAAUUGUUGAGGUCUGGAAUGGACUCGCAGAAAAAUGGACCGAGCGGAUGCAGUGUUGGGAUGUGGUCUUGGAUUGUCAAGAGUUUAGCAGAAGAAGAAUCUGGAGUAACGAUAUGUCAUUACGAACGGCUGUUGUUGGACUUUGCAUCCUUCCAAUAGCCCAGUUCUUUCUGAAUGCAGAAAGUGACUUGUGCAUGCAAAUGCUGAAGCACUCUGGAGGAUGGAGCUGAGAAACAAGUGAAAUUUUGUGUGCAAACUGCUAAAUUCAGGCCUUGCACUGCAAAAGAGGAGGGCAUGUGCGAAGAUUGUGCAAUUUAGCACAGAGUGAUGCAGGCAGUUUGCACCAGUUGCCAUGGUUACACUGGGAUGGACUUGAUACCCUAGUAUGGUUGCAUGAAAGAAAACCCUUUUUUUUUUUAAGUGAAGUGCCCAGAGCGCAGAAAAUAAGCAAAGCAUACGGAUUAAAGUAUGUGGUGUCGAUUCUGUCUGUACAUGUACAGCACGAUUAUCCAUGGUAUCAUUACACAUACCACUUGGUGGUUAUGGAAAUGUCGCACGAGCUCGAAGCUCUGUAGAGCAGUAUUUCACCACAUUUGAUUUUAGUGAUCAAUCGUCACAAGUUCUGGUUGACCCAGUCGCAAUAAAAAAAAAUCGGCGCCAGGUAUUUGUAUAUAUUUCUGUAAAGUUUUCACGCCGAUUAAAAUUACACAAAGUAUAUUAUAGAGCUCAUUGCAUCAUUCUAGAAGCUCGAGCAUCUCUGAAUUGGUUGAAAUGAAAAUGCGGUAUUACUGUUGCCAGAAAACAACUCUUUCAAAGUGUGAUAAUGUAAUUGAAAUGAUGACAGUUGUCAUUUAAAAAUGUUACAACUUCUGGUGAUGAAAAUGAUUGUUGUAAGCAUGUGAUUCUGAAUAGUCUGCUGCUAAAUAUAUUGUUUUGUGAUAGAAUUUUAUAAUACUUUACUCAAAAUAAUUAUGUAAUGUACUUAGUUUUUGAUGUUCAAAUGUUGGUGCUUGUAUCAGCAGACAUUUCUGGUUGACUUCCUGACUGGAAUAUCUUGCACUUGGAUGGGUUAUACACAUGUGGUGAGAAUUAAUCUACUGUAUGGCCAAUAUCCAUCAUGUUUUCUAGAAUGAAAGAACAAAAUGCUGAGCAGUUUAUAAUGGAGAAAACAAGCUGUUCGUUGAAUUAUGUAACAAUUACAGGAAUUUUGGAAGGCUAUAACUGUUUAUUACAGUGUAAAAACGCUUGGCAGUUUUUUGCCCAACGUUGGGCACCGGGGGAACUGCCUGACUGUUGGGAAACAGAUUACCCAACUGCAUUGAUUCUCUCUUGACAUAUGGGCAAACAUGUCUCACUUUACCCAGCGGUUGUAAAAAAAAAAUGUAAUUUGUACUACCUUUUUUUAUCCAGUGUUAUGCUUUUUUGGCCCAACAGUUCAGCAAUUCACCCGGUACCCUACAUUGGGCAGAAAAAUUGCCUAGCUUUGUUUUUUUAGUGUACAUUAAUGUACUUGUACUUAAAGCUGCAUAUGUAAAUUUUCUGGCAGUGCCUGCCAGUAACACAAACCUACAUGUAUGGCAAGUGGCUGCAGCUGGUGUAGCCCCAAUGUGUUGCAACAAGUCAACUGGCUAGAUGUUAAUUUUUCAAAGAUGGGUUUGGAUGCCAGAGGUCGUGGGUUCGAGUCCCACCCUAGUACGCUUGUGGUUGUUUUCACAAGUCUACGAGGGCACACUCUGAAAAUACAGUGUUGAAAUACACGUCGGGCAGGGCAAAAAUCCUAAAUUAAUGUUAAUUUUUGUUUACUCCCACAGUGCCUAAAGAAAGGUCUGAUGUUAUCUUGAAUGAUUUACCUGGCAGGCAUGGGGUGGAUUUGGCUGGCAUUCAAAUGUUAGUAUUGUGAAACCGCCGAUGUUAUGCCUGGUAUCCGUGUACCGACAACUCAACUGAGAAAAACCAAUGCAGGUGACAUUGGCCAGACAUCAAACGUUUGAUUAGAAAGGGUUUCAGUGCUUUGUGGUCCAUAUAAUGGCAAGUAUAAAAAUUUGAAACUGAAAUAAUCAGAUGGUCUUGCAUUGAAUAAACUUAUACUUCCAAACGAUGGCAAUCAA